AGUGGGGCGAGCGAGACAGCUGAGCGCUGCAGCUCCUCUGGUCGCUCUCUCAGGCCUCAUUCGUCACUUCUGUGGAUCUGUGUGCACUUGAAGGAUUCUCGUUGGAUCUUGGGACGGCUGUACAUGGACCAGAGCCGUAGGAUCUGAGUGUGAGCCAUGCUGAGAGUGUUUAUUCUAUGUGCGGAGCGGCUGCAGACGCCGGACAGCGACGUCAGCGACGCCUACUGCAGCGUCACCUAUGAAGGGUCCAAGAAGAAGACGAAAGUCAUCAAAAACAACCCCAACCCAGUUUGGAACGAGGGUUUUGAGUGGGACCUGAAGGGGAUUCCUCUGGACUCUGGAGCAGAGCUGCACUGUGUCGUCAAAGACCAUGAAAAAAUGGGCAGAAACAGGUUUCUGGGUGAGUGUCGGUUGUCUCUCAGGGACGUCCUCAACUCUCCCAGCCUGGCCGCCUCCUUCACCGUCUCCCUGCUGGACACCAAGAGGAACAACACCGGGGCCACGCUGACCCUGCAGGUUUCCUACAUCCCUCCUCCAGGAUCAGCUCCCAUCUUCCAGCCUCCUCCUCAGCCUGAAGCUCUUCCCCACAACAACCCCAGUGUGGAGCUGGACACCGUCACAAUGAUUUCUCUGGACACUCUGGGUGAGGAGGACACCGAGAGUAUGAUGAUGCUGGAGGCCACAGAGGACCAGGGGGCCGACGACGGACGCUCCAUGGUGAUCGUCGGCCCUCAGGGGCCCCCAGGCCAGGAGUCCCCCACCGCACAGACGCCCAAACGCUCGCCUCCAUCCUACAACACCCACGGAGGGCUGAGGAAGAGGAAGAGGGGAGCGAGCAGUCAGCAGAAACAGUUACCCAACAAACCCCAGGACAUACAGAUUCGUGUGCGGGUCAUCGAAGGACGACAGUUGCCAGGUAUCAACAUCAAACCUGUCGUCAAGGUAACGGUCGCCGGGCAGACUAAGAGGACCCGCAUCAGGAAGGGCAACAACCCAGUCUUUGACGAGACGUUCUUCAUGAACUUCUUUGAGACGCCCUCAGAGCUGUUUGAUGAACCUAUUUUCAUUACUGUGUGUGACUCUCGUUCACUGAGAACCGACGCUGUGAUCGGUGAAUUCAAGCUGGACGUUGGAACCGUCUACAGUGAGCACAGACACUGCUUCUUGAGGAAGUGGCUGCUGCUGUGCGACCCUGACGACCUCUCAGCAGGUGUUAAAGGUUACCUGAAGGUCAGCCUGUUCGUGUUGGCAGCUGGAGACGAGCCGCCGGCGGACAAACGUGAGUGUGUGGAGGAUAAAGAGGAUAUAGAAGGAAACCUGCUGAGGCCGGCCGGUCUGUCUCUGAGAGGAGCAACGUUCACCCUGAGGAUCUUCAGAGCUGAAGACCUGCCGCAGAUGGACGACGCCUUCAUGGACGGGAUGCGGCAGAUUCUCGGGUUCGACAGCAACAGGAAGAACUUAGUGGAUCCGAUGGUGGAGAUACACUUCGCUGGAAAAACGGUCUGCACUAAGAUCAUGGAGAAGAAUGCAAAUCCUCAGUGGAACCAGAGCCUGGCCAUGCCCAUCAGAUUUCCCUCCAUGUGUGAGAAGAUGAGGAUCAGAAUUCUGGACUGGGACAGAGCCAGUCACAACGACGUCAUCGGCACCACACACCUCUGUAUGUCGAAGAUCUCGGCUCCUGGAGGGGAGAUCGAUGUUGAUGACAGUCUGGGUUUCCUUCCAACGUUUGGUCCAUGUUUCGUCAACCUGUACGGCAGCCCCAGAGAGUUCACCGCCUUCAAUGACCCACAUGAGGCUCUAAACCUGGGAAAAGGGGAGGGCGUAGCCUACAGAGGUCGAGUUUUACUGGAACUAACCACCAAACUGGUGGACAAACCGGAGCAGAGGACUGAAGACGUCCCGUCAGACGAUCUGCUGGUGGUGGAGAAGUUCCUCCGGAAGAGGAAGUUCUCUCUCUUCGUGGCGUUUUACUCGGCCACGCUCCUCCAGGACGUCGACGACGCCAUCCAGUUUGAGGUCAGCAUCGGUAACUACGGCAACAAGUUCGACUACACCUGCCUGCCUCUGGCCUCCACCACUCAGUUCAGCCGGGCCGUGUUUGACGGCUGCCACUACUACUACCUGCCGUGGGGAAACGUGAAGCCGGUGGUGGUUCUAUCCUCAGAGUGGGAAGAUAUCAAGCCUAGAAUAGAGGCUCUCAACAUGCUGCUGGACAUCAUAGACAGACUGGAGGUGAAUCUGCAGCGAGUCCAGCUGCAGGUGAAGGCCGGCAGCGAUCUGGAGGAGGUGGAGCUGAGAGUGGUGGAGCUGCUGGAUCAGCUCAUCACAGACUGCAGUCAGGAGCUGCCCUCCAUCGACCACUGGCAGUGCGCUACACCUCUGGACCGCUCACUGAGGCACAUCCGGACGCUCCACCUGCAGCAGAUCACGGCGGCGGCUCUGGCUCUGAAACACGGAACAGAAACCGAGCUGUCCACGGUUCUGGAGCAGGCUGAGGACUGGGCCAACCGGCUGAGGACCAUGUCUGAGGAGCCCCAGAACAGCCUCCCGGACAUCGUGAUCUGGAUGAUGCAGGGCGACCGGCGGAUGGCGUAUCACCGUAUCCCGGCUCACAGCGUCAUCUUCUCCCAGCAGCACUGUGGAAAACACUGUGGACAGCUGCAGACCGUCUUCCUCAAGUAUCCACAGGGCAGCGGAGGAGAAGCCAAACUUCCCGGUCAGCUGAGGGUCAAAGUGUGGUUGGGACUGGCUGCUGACGUCAAACACUUCAACCAGUACGCCGAAGGAAAACUGUCAGUGUUUGCUGAGACGUAUGAGAACCAGACCCGACUCGCCCUGGUGGGCAGCUGGGGAACUACAGGUUUAACGUACCCCAAGUUCAGCGACGUCACCGGUCGAGUGAAGCUGCCCAAGGAGAGCUUCAAACCUUCACCUGGAUGGACCUGGGCAGGAGACUGGUUCAUCAGCCCUGAGAAGACGCUGCUGUUUGAUGUGGACGCCGGUCACAUGACCUUCACUGAGGAGGUGUUUGAGAACCAGAUGAGGUUACCUGGAGGGCAGUGGAUCGGCAUGCCUGAAGGCUACACAGACGUGAACGGGGAGAAGGCGGUUCCAAAGGACGAGGUGGAGUGUCCUCCAGGCUGGACAUGGGAGGAGGUGGAGUGGAGCGAAGACCUCAACAGAGCCGUGGACGAUCAAGGGUGGGAGUACGGCAUCACCAUCCCUCCAGACCGCCGGCCCAAGGCCUGGGUGCCGGCGGAGAAGAUGUACCACACCAACCGCCGGAGACGCUGGAUCCGGAUGAGGAGACGGGACCAGCAGAAGAUGGAGGCUCUGAGGAAGCAGCGUCCAGACGAGGCGGAGAGGGAAGGCUGGGAGUACGCCUCGCUGUUUGGAUGGAAGUUCCACCUGAAACCCAGGAAGACGGACAGCUUCAGGAGGAGACGGUGGAGGUGUCGCAUGGAGCCACUGGAGAAGACGGGACCGGCAGCCAUCUUUGCUCUGGAGUGUUCUCUGAGCAGCAUCGAAGACAAACACGACGACAAGUCGGUCACCACCACGUUUGGAGUCAACAGACCGACCAUUUCCUGUUUCUUUGACCGUGGAACUCGUUAUCACCUGCGCUGCUACCUGUACCAAGCCAGAGACCUGCUGGCCAUGGACAAAGACAGCUUCUCAGACCCGUACGCCAUCGUGUCAUUCCUCCACCAGUCCCAGAAGACGGUGACGGUCAGAAACAGUCUGAAUCCCACCUGGGACCAGACGCUCAUCUUCUACGAGGUGGAGCUCUUUGGAGACGCCGAGGACACGAUGCUGAAUCCUCCCAACGUGGUGGUGGAGCUCUACGACCAGGACUCAUACGUGAGGAUUUUAAAUCCGGAGGAGUCGGACCUGCCGUACCCGCCCCCUCAGAGAGAACCCAACGUCUUCAUGGUUCCUCAGGGAAUCAAACCGGUUCUGCAGAGAACCGCCAUCGAGGUGUUAGCGUGGGGCGUCCGUAACCUGAAGAGCUUCCAGCUGGCCAGCGUUACGUCUCCCAGCCUGCAGGUGGAGUGUGGAGGCUCCAUGGUCCAGAGCUGCGUCAUCCGCAGCGUGAAGAAGAAGCCCAACUUUGACGUCAACACGCUGGUCCUUGAUGUGAGACUUCCCCGUGAGGAGCUCUACAUGCCGCCGAUCAUCAUCAAAGUCAUCGACAACCGUCAGUUUGGGAGGAAGCCGGUGGUCGGUCAGUGCACCAUCCGGUCUCUGGUGGAGUACCGGCUCGAUCAGGAGGAGGAUCAAGCUGUGGAGGAUGAGGAGGAUGACGGAUGGAGACGUGAGAUGCCCCAGCUGAUUUCAGGAGAAGUUUUUAUUGACAUUGAUGAUGAGCAACCUCUAGUACCCGACCAGCUUGCAGAUGGAGAGACUUCAGCUAUCAUUAACCUUUCAACCUCUAGUUCCAGCCUUCAUGGAGAAGACUUCAUGGACUGGUGGAGUAAAUUCUACGCUUCAACUGGAGAGAAAAACAAAUGUGGGACCUACCUGGAGAGAGGCUUCGACACUCUGAAGAUCUACGACCAGGAGUUGGAGAAGGUGGAGGACUUUGAAGGUCUCUCUGAUUUCUGCCAAACAUUCAAACUGUUCAGAGGAAAGACUCAGGAUGAAGGAGAAGAUCCCUCAGUGGUGGGAGAGUUCAAGGGUAUGUUUAAGAUCUACCCCCUGCCAGACAACCCCUCUGCUCCUGCUCCACCCAGACAAUUCAGGAAACUUCCUCCAAAUGGCAUCGAGGACUGUUUGGUCCGAGUCUACAUCAUCCAGGCUCACGGACUGCAGCCCAAAGACACCAACGGGAAGUGUGACCCCUAUGUAAAGAUCAGUUUGGGGAAAAAGACCAUCAGUGACUAUGAAAACUACAUCCCCUGUACACUGGACCCCGUCUUUGGAAAGCUGUUCGAGCUUACCUGUUCCCUCCCUCUGGAGAAGGACCUCCGGGUGAUGCUGUACGACCACGACAUGCUCACCAAAGACGAGAAGAUCGGAGAGACGCUGAUCGACCUGGAGAAUCGCUUCCUGUCCAGAUAUGGAGCCCUGUGUGGUCUGCCUCAGACCUACUGUGUAUCGGGGGUGAACCAGUGGAGGGAUCAGCUGACUCCCAGACAGCUGCUGCUCAGACUGUGUGAGCGACGAAACCUGAGGGAACCCGUCUUUGAAGAAGACUCGGUCCGAUUCAGAGGACAGCUGUACACCGCUGCAGACCUCGAGGACAAGAACAUGUCCAAACGUCACCUUGGUCCCCUUAAGGAGCGACUGGCACUUCACAUUCUGAGGAACCAGGGAUUGGUACCAGAACAUGUGGAGACCAGAGCUCUAUACAGCCCUCUGCAGCCGGACAUAGAGCAGGGACGUCUGACAAUGUGGGUGGACGUCUUCCCCAAGUCUCUGGGACUACCGGGACCUCCGUUCAAUGUCAUGCCACGCAAGGCCAAGAAGUUCUUCCUGCGUUGCAUCAUCUGGAACACCAGUGAUGUCAUCCUGGAUGAUGUCAGCAUCAGCGGAGAGAAGAUGAGUGACAUCUAUGUCAAAGGCUGGCUGGACGGACAUGAACACAACAAGCAGAAGACGGACGUCCACUACCGGUCUCUGGGCGGAGACGGAAACUUCAACUACAGGUUCCUGUUUCCAUUCCUCUACCUGCCUGCUGAGCAGCUGAGUGUCGUUGACAGGAAGGAACAUUUCUGGAGUUUGGACAAAGCCGAGACUAAACUGGCUCCUAAACUGACCAUCCAGAUCUGGGACAACGACAAGUUCUCCUUCGACGACUACCUCGGUCACCUGGUGAUGGACCUCAACCACAUGCUGCGUCCCGCCAAGUCUCCAGAGAAAUGUACCCUGCAGCUGCUGGACCAGCCGGCCGACAAACUGGUGUCUCUGUUCGAACAGAAGACGGUGAAAGGAUGGUGGCCCUGCAUCUGUGAACACAACGGAGAGAAGAUCAUCGCUGGGAAGGUGGAGAUGUCUCUGGAGAUCGUGACGGAGCAGGAGCAGGAGGAGCGACCAGCCGGCCUCGGCAGAGAAGAACCCAACAUGAACCCUCACCUGGAGGAGCCUCAGCGUCCAGAAACGUCCUUCCUCUGGUUCUCCUCCCCCUACAAGACCCUCAAGUUCAUCCUGUGGAGGCGAUUCAAGUGGUUCAUCAUCCUCUUCAUCAUCCUCUUCCUCAUCCUCCUCUUCCUCGGCGUCUUCCUCUACGCCUUCCCGAACUACGCUGCCAUGAAGAUGGUCGGACCUUUUGGACCUCCUAAAGCCGCUCAGUGAUGCUGAGAGUGGAACAAAAAGGAAAGAGAAACACGAACAAACUGACAUAGUUUAGAGCAACGAGGCUGGAUUUCAUUCUUUUCCCUUCUUCUCUGUCGAAUCUUUUCCGUCGUCUUCCUGAAGCGAUGAACUUUUGUGCAGAUCCACCUGAUCAUGUGAGUCCAUUUGUGCCUUUUGCCCUCAGAUUCACCAGAAGCUCCUAUCAGAUCUCAGCAGGUUCCGUCUGCAUCCUCGUCCUCCUCCGUCACCUCUUUCAUCUCCUCGGCUUCUCCUGUCGGCUGUCAAGCAGAGAACAAGGAGAAUAAAAGCCUCAGAAAAGCCAAAGCAGAAUCAAAGGUUGUGACGACGAUGUUUCUUGAUUUUUUUACCUCCUGCUGUUUCCCAGCGAGGAGCCGAGUCGGGUCAGACACACAGAACGGAUUCAAACUUUAUCGCUUUGAAAAUUACAUCUGAGGUGAAAGGAAGUUGGAAAUCUCACCAGUUUGACAUCAUUACCACGUAUUCUGCCUUAAUCAAGUCUGUUCAAUGUUGAUAUCUGACUGGUUUGGGUCACAUGAUGCCUUCAAUCAAUUCAGUUGGUCAUGUUUUUCACUAUAUUUGAUUUCCUUUUCUUCUUAACCCUCCUGUUGUCCUCAUUUACGGGCAACAAAAAAAAUUGUUUCCUUGUCUGAAGAAAAAUCUGCAAAAAAAUUCUCCAAAUUGCUGAAAAUGUGCAAAACCUUCAGGAAGAAAAUUCCAAUAAUUCCUUAAAGGUUUUAUUUGUAAAAAUCCUCCAAAUUUAGCAAGAAAAUUUGUGUAAAUAUUUUCAAAAAAAGAGUAAAAAUCUUCCAAAAAAUCCAAAAAAUAUCUAAAGUGAUUCCAUAUAUAACAGUAAAACUUCUAAUAUUUUCUUUAAGAACAUUCAGAAAAAAUCUACCAAAAUCCAGUGAAAUUUGCUGGAUUUUGGUUGAUUUUUUUGUGAAUGUUCUUAAGAAACCUUUUUAACAUUUCUUUUUUUCCACCAAAAAAUGUUCAAACAUUUCCCAGAAAUGUUGAAAAUGUGGACAUCAGAAGUUUCACUGAGAAAAUCUAAUUUUUUUCCCCCACAUUUUCAAACUUUAAAACGGAUCAAUUUGACCUGCAGGACGACAUGAGGGUUAAUUUGCCUCCUUUUAUCAGGUGACAUCAAAACUUUCCAACACUUUGUCUAUAAAAAACAAAAACUUGUUAUUCUUUUUACAUUUUCUGAUAAUGCAGCGUGGGAAGUGGUGGGAACAUGUCCUUUAAUUCAGUUUAGAGUGAAGUUCUACCUCCUCUUUUUCAACCUUGAACUCUUUUUCUGUCCUCUCUUUUAGCCUUUCCUCCUCCUCCUCCUCCUCCUCGGCCUCCAGCAGCUCUGAGGGUUCAGCAGGUUAAGUCGGGGAUUUGCUUCUGUUGAUGUCAGAGCUGGAGCUUUAUUAGUCCAGAGGAUGUUUUAGAUGAUGAUGGAGGCAGAUAAAGCACUCUGUAAAUGUUUCUGCUGAUUCGCUGAGCAAAACCAAACAUUUAUGGAUGAUGAAGAUGAACUGAGGAGAUCAGUAGAACAGCCAGAUCUCCUUCUUUUAUUUAUUUCUUUGUCUCACGUUUAAGGAUUUAAGUUUUUUGGUUUUUUUGUUGCACUGAGUUGGAUCACAUGCUCGCUUGGUUUGUUUUGGUUCAGACCAGAAUGGAAAAGUUGACCCGUUUGGUUGGUUUUGGGUUCACCGCGGCUGAUUACAAGCCGACCAGGCCUCGUAAACAAGCGUCACGUGGCCUCAUGAGCAGCUCGUUUAAUGGAUGAAGUUUUGGUAACCUGUCGUCCUGCCAGGUCACACAGAGUUUAACUCCUAACAUAUAUCACUGAUCGGAGCGUGAGCAUCACUCAGCUCCUACUGCAGGAUUUAAUUCAAGCUUUAGUUCUCUUCUACCUAUAAACUGUCAUGUUUUUGGUUUUCUUUUGCAGAGUUCGGAUUAGAUUGUUGCCUGGAGGAGAGUUCCAAAGACUUAAACCCUUUAUGGAAGACCACAAAUAAGUGUGUCAGAACUACCAGAGAAGCCCCAAUCAAGGUUUUUUAGAUUCCGAUCCCCUCCGAGUCAUUUAUUAUUUAGUAUCUGCAGAUUCUGAGCCCCAACCUGACACCGUCUCUGAACAUUUGCACUAAAGGAGGUGAGAAAAUAGCAGAGCUGCCUUACUGCAUGAUCGAAAUCCUCAGCAAACUUUAAACUUUUCAGUGUGCUGUUUGCUGCUCAGGUGUUGUCGUUGCUUUUCCUGUAGUAGAGAUGAUUUUGGGAAAGGACAAAACCAUCUGACCUGAGUGGCCAAUGGCGAGCUUCUACCAACAUCUGCUGAGUCCGACUAGGUCAACUGAGGCUCCACAAGCUCCAAAACCUGAACUCUCUACAUGCAUAUGUCAGUAAAUGUAUCAUAGAUCAACUGUAGUUCCUGGUUGUUCCACCAGGUGGAGCCUCUUCCUGUUUGAUCCUGUAGAGACCAGAGGAGGCAUCACUCAGACUACAGGAAGUUCAUGUUAACCCUCCUGUUGUCUUCAUUUACAGCCACCAAAAAAUAUUGUUUCCUUGUCUGAAAAAAAUUCAAAAAUUCAGCAAAAAAAUUCCCCAAAUUUCUGAAAAUUUGCAAAACCUUCAGGAAGAAAAUUCCAAUAAUUCCUUCAACGUUUCCCUUAAAAGUUUUAUUUAAAAAAAUAAAUAAAUCCUCCAAAUUUGGCUAGAAAAUUCUUGUAUUUUUUAAAAAUGAAUAAAAAUCUUCCAAAAAAAAAAUCCUGAAAAUAUCUAAAGUGAUUACAGAUACGUCAGUAAAAUUCUAUUUUCUUAAGAACAUUCACAUAAAAAUCAACCAAAAUCCAGCGAAAUUUGCUGGAUUUUGGUUGAUUUUUAUGUGAAACGAUGAAACGCUGUAGGUCGAGGACGUCGUAAACCGAGGACCUCCUGUAUCUGCACAAGACAAAUGUCCGCUGGACUCAGUUUAAAUUAUCAGUUGCUAUAUAGAAUUGAAACAAAUCUUAGGUUUAAUACAGAUCACUUAGAAAAUGCCUUGAUGGACCCACAUCUAGAUCCUGGAGAUCAGAUCAGGACGUCUGUCUUAGCUCCGAUGUUCCACCAUACAGAACUGAUUAUUUCAGAAACAGGCUGUAAAUUGUUAGAUUUUUUCGUUCUUUCAGAGGUGGGACUUGUCUCUGUAGCAUCGUAGAAAACCAACAGAGCUCCAUGUGAAGCGUUUAAAGCAGUUAUUUAUCACAGCUGGGUGAAGAACUGCAGCUUUAAUGUCUAUACAACAUGAAAAUGUCUAAAGUAAACCAUGAAUCUGAAGAAUGUGACGGUGGAUCCAUGGAGGUUUGCUGUUAAAUACACCAAAGCUGCUCGUUAGACACUAAAAUCUUCUUGAAGCCUUUGUCUCGUGUGUUUGAUCACGUCCAGUCAGUAUUAUUUCCUUCAGUGUUUAAUGUAUUCAGCUGUUACGGUUGGGUUCUCUGCUGUUCAGGUUCUCUCUCCACUUUAGAAGAAGUGCUCCGAGGUUCUUCUAAUGGUUUAAACUGCUGAGACGGUGUGUUCAGAAACAACCUGGGCAUGACAUGGGUGUGAAAUUAGUGUAAAUACAACAGAAACGCAAGAGAAACAACCUAAAAAGCUUUAGAUUUCUGUUAAGAAGUGGAUGAGAUGUGUUUAUUUCAGAUGUUUAGGAUGUUUGCCUGAACAGAGGAGAGUUCCAUAGACAUUUUUAAAUGUUUAUUUAGAGUCCUGGAAUAGCUUUAUAUAGAUAUAUGUAUGUAUGUUUGUGUUUGAAAGAGCUUUAAAUCUCCUGCUGACGUAUAAAAGCCUUGAAAUGGAGAAACUUUAUUGAGACAAUCCUGCUGAGAUUGUUUGACGCCUUCAGAAGCCUUGUUUCUGCCUGAUCUUCUUCCUGUCAGUGAACGCAUCGUGCCUUUAGCCUUUAACUUUGCUGCUGCAGCGUUCAGCAACACUAACUGCUGCCUCAACACUAACUAACAUCUGCUUCCUGUGAAGCUUCUGUGAGGACGUUUUCAGGAUUAUUUCUACUGUUGUUCUUGGUUUUUAGCUGAAUGUGAUAAAAGAGGGGCAGAUCCUGCUUUACUCUCUGGAUGUUUGCUGCACUAACCUCCAAUCUCCUCUGAUGAGAACUGUUGGGUCAGUUUGUGUCGAUUCUUCUUUGUUAUUUGGAACCCAAAACUAAGUUCUGUAGAAUAUUUUGAGAAUUUCAUGGAUUUUCUGACCUGGAAUUUUUGUAUUUUAAUUAUUUGAAGAGUUCAGUAUCUCCAGAAACAAUCCCACAGCAAAGACAAAAUCAGCCUCAUAUGUUGAUAAAUGUCAGCAUGAAGACAACAUGGAAGCAGUUUGUAACUCAGCACAUAUAAUAUCUAGACAUCUAGACCUCUAUGAACACCAGGUUCUGUUUCCUACCAAUGAGUCCACAUCAACAUUUAGUCUAAAUAUCUAAAAACUGGAACCUUUUUUUGUCAAACUUUCCAAACAUCAGAUUUUACUGAUGUUAGAGCCUCAAAAGUUGGUGAGUGGACCAAAGACUGGAUUUUAGUAGAAAUAUGGAUCCAUUCAUGACUAUACACUUAUAGGAACUUUCUGGGGACACGAUCCCACCAAAGUUUGAACAUUGGGCACUUUUUUCCAUUUUCAAAGACCAAUAUUUGGAAAUUUCUCCUCUACUGGACCCAUCCAAUCAUUCUGAUCUGCUUUACACUAUUCCGCCUGUGUCCUCACCACAUUUUAUGUCUGUUAAAGUUUUAUUUGAAGAUGUUGAACCCCAAAAAGGUUUCUUUAAGGGUGGAAAUACAAAAAUUCCCAAAUCUGACAGAAUUCACUUCUUGAAAUUUAGCCAAUAAAAUAUAACAGAAACUAGUUUUAGGUUCCAGAUGAUGAAUAAGUAAACUGAACAGAAUAAGGUGGGUGGAGGAUCACUGCUGUCUGGAAUAAACUCCUGAUGCCAUAAAACUGCACUGAGGAACUGAAAACUGGAUGAAUCUCUCUGCUGUUCCUGUAAAAAACGUUUAAACUGUUGGAGACUGAAUGUAUUCUGACUUCACAUCUACAAAGAGCAAUACUGUGUGCACUGCUUUCUGUCAGCAUCAACAAUAAAACUGCAUUUCUGA